UUGACAAAUUUGACGUUACUUCCUACUGGAGAAGUAUGAAUGCCAACGCUUUAUUCGUUGAAUGAGCUGUUUUUGUGUAUUGAUCUGUUUAAAGAAUCAAGGACGCAUUGGACGAUACCUUAAUUGAAGGACGUUAAUUCAAAUAAACAGUGUGAUAAAAUUGUUACUUUGAAAAUUGUGGUCGGACAAUCCGGGGUGCAGAAAUCAACAUUACAGAUAACUUAAACCAAAGAUAGGCGCAACACCACAGCCAUGGCUUUCGCCGGUCUAAAAAAACAAAUCAACAAAGCCAAUCAGUAUGUCACAGAAAAGAUGGGAGGUGCCGAGGGCACAAAAUUGGAUUUGGACUUUGUGGAGAUGGAAAGAAAAACAGACGUCACUUGCGAGUUAGUGGAAGAGUUACAAACAAAAACGAAAGAGUUCCUGCAGCCUAACCCCACGGCUCGUGCAAAGAUGGCUGCCGUGAAGGGCAUCAGCAAACUGAGCGGGCAAGCUAAAAGCAACACCUACCCCCAGCCAGAGGGCGUGCUAGGCGACUGCAUGCUGCUCUACGGCAAGAAACUUGGGGAGGACACCGUCUUCUCAAAUUGUCUCAUCGAGAUGGGCGAGGCUCUGAAGCAAAUGGCCGACGUAAAGUAUUCACUGGAUGACAACAUCAAGCAAAACUUCUUGGAACCUCUUCACCAUUUGCAGACCAAAGAUCUUAAGGAAGUCAUGCAUCACCGAAAGAAACUACAGGGACGCCGGUUGGACUUCGACUGCAAACGGCGAAGACAGGCUAAAGGCCCCGGUAGGGCCAGCCCUUACAUGAGCCCAAGUCACAACGCACCAAGGCAGGACGAUGAAAUACGACAGGCGGAGGAAAAGUUCGCCGAGUCCCUACAGCUGGCCCAGAUCGGCAUGUUCAACCUUCUCGAUAAUGACGUGGAGCAGGUCGCACAGCUCACGUUCUUCGCAGAGAGCCUACUCGAGUACCACCAGCAAUGCACGGAGAUCCUCAAAGGACUCGUAUCUACGCUUAUGGAAAAGAAAGAGGAAGCGGUGAACCGUCCCAAGAUGGAGUUCGUACCUAAGACCCUAGCAGACCUGCACAUCGAGGGCAUCCACGACUUGAACAAUGGUAGGCGGUACGGUUCCACCCAGAGUUUGUCCCGUCCCCGCCAACAUAUUCCCCCCUCCUCCUCUGUCGGCGACCUCAGCACCACUGAUCCCUUCAAGGCUUGGGAAGCACCCUCACCCGUCAGAACCCAAGUAAGGCCAGCGCCAGGGUUCAAACCGCACCCAGCCCCACGGAAUCAGUUCAAUGGAAGGGACCCCUGGACAGCGUCCCCGUUGCCGUCGCCGGUUAAGUCGCCCGCACGAACGCCCGUCGUGGCCAACAAGACGCCGUGCUGCACCGCUCUCUAUGACUUCGAGCCGGAGAACCAAGGCGAACUAGGAUUUAAGGAGAACGACGUGAUCACGCUGAUCAACAAAGUUGACGACAACUGGUUCGAGGGCUCAGUACACGGCAAGACCGGGUACUUCCCGAUCAGCUACGUUCAGGUCACCGUGCCCUUACCCAACAUGUAAGCAACAAGUCAUACCUAACCACCAACGUAUUCAUUCAUUCCCUACUGAUGUAACACAACUUUAUACUGCUGCGAACGCUACACAACGCGAGAUCUCAACACCACGAAUCUCAAGUUGAUCUAGUACCCGGCAUGGAUUACUCCGACCUUUAUAAAGGUUGUGUUACACUUCUUAUCCAUACGUUAAUAUCACGUUACGCAGUAUUACGUAGAUUUGAAUCUAUUAUAUUGUGUCAAAAGCUCAAUGGCAAGCUGUUAUAGUUAUACCUAUUUAAUUACACCGAAUCAUUUAAUGAACUCGAUGAUCAGUUCAUACCUGUCUUCCGGUGUAUGAAACAGUUUUGUCAUCUCUGUCGUAGCAGAAUUUCUUUGGUGUUCAUCGUGUUUCAAUAAUAAAUAAUCAACAUAAUGUUAUAUCAAUCUUCCAAACUUUUAAAAUAUAGUAAUGCAAUUGAAUGUUUAAAAUUUACUAUGUAGAUGUAAACAUCUAAUCUAAUCUCAAGGAGAUAAUGCUACGAAUGUUACUUUUUUAUUAUUUUUUAUUGUACCUACCUACUGUUUGCAUUUAUUGCCAAAAUAAGUAAUUAUUUAAUAUUAAAAUUAUUGUAAUAGAAAUCAUUGUAAUAUUUGUAAUCAUGUUGCCAUUUCUUCAUGACGUUCUUUAUUAUUAUUUGUAAUUAGUUUGAAAUAAAUUGCUGUUAUUUUUAUGUAUUAGGCUACUUUUUAGUUUAUAAAAUGACACGCCAAAUAUACCAACAUCAAAUUGGAGUAUUUUUGCUCAGAUUCGAAAGACGAAGAAUUAAAUUGAGUGUUGAUCAUUGAAGUAUGAAUUCCACACUUGUAGACUGUGUGUAUUGAAAGUGGGUAGUAUGUAAGUACACCACUCUAUAAUGUUGCAUUCCAAAUACAUACAGCUCAAGUUUGUCGAUGUGGAUUCGGUAAAUGAGAUUGAUAAUUUUAAGCAAAGUGAUACGUCAAUGUCAAUCGCAAUACGUUAUUGCUGAGGGCUCUCUGCCGCGAUGCAGCAAAAAUUCUGUAAAGUGAUAUUUUUAAACUAACGUUUGUAUAUUAGUUUAAUAACAUGCAUCUAUUUUUAGAUGUAUCACCCUUUGUAUAGUAUUCUCCUUUGACGUACGAUUAGUUUAUUUAGUUAAUUAUCCUUAUUUGUACCGUAAAUAGAAGGCACAGGAGCGGGAUAUUAUAGUAUUUACUAGGAUGAUUAUUAUAUAAAACUAGUUAACACAUGCGAUUAGAUUUUAUAGUUGUAUGUUCGCGGGUAAUUAUUUAACUGAAUGAAGGAAGUAUACAAUAUAACGUAUAUUAUAAAAUUAAUGUGAGAAUAUGAGGAACGGAGUCAUAAGAAUUGUUGAAUUAUUGCCAGAAAUCUUGGCGUUUCGAUGUUUGAUGUAUUAUUGGCAAGCUAUAAAACAUAAUGUAAUGUAAUUGUGAUAUAUAUAUUAUCAUGCUGUUGGUGCGGUGUCCAAUGAUUUUGUUCUAUAUUUACAUUGUAUAUAUUUUUUAAAUACCAGUGCCCUAUUUACUUUUUCGACAUUUUGCAUAAUAACUCCUUUAGUCAUUAUCUAAGCUACCUAUUUUAAUAUAUUUUAAUGUGUAUGAUUGAUACCAAAAAUAUCGAAAUUAGUAAUUCUACAUGGCCUCCAUUCAAUAGUAAUGAUAAUUGUAAUUGAAUUAUUGCACUUGAGAGCUAAGAUCUUAAAUCGUCAUAUUAUUCACUUUGUCCGAUAUUGGUGUUGCAGUAAUAUUGAACAUAAGUAAUUUAAUAAUAAAUUCAUCGCAUCAUUAUUGUCGUUAAUGGACCCCAUUGUAUCACAUUUCUGGCAUACAAAAGACAAUACCUAGAUCUAAUGUUAGUUGUAUGUAAGUUCAUAAAUAAUUGUUCUAUCUUCAAGUGUCUCUUAAUAUAAGUAUUUUGAGUAUAUAAAUAUAUUCAUCAAUGUUACGAGGAUGUCAUGUUUCAAUCUUUAAUGUACGAGGAUGCAGCGCGGACAGGCGUAACAAUGCGUCCGCCAUUGGUGGCAUGCCGCUGCGACCUUCUCACAUAAACAUACCAUGUAAUCGAAUGAAGUACGUCACUACGAUCUUAUCACUAUCCUACAGAGCGGAAUUAGACUGUUGUUGUUUUAAAUGUGUAUAAAAUUCUACUAGCUUGGAAUGUAUGAAUGUUUGAUAUGAGAGUUGUGGGCGUGUUUCUAUGUACGAUAAACUAGCCUGCUUACUGGAAACUAAGUAUAUAAAAUGACAAAUAAGCCUAAAGAUAGUAAUCAAAAUGAUGUAGGACCUAUGUGCAUUCUUCGGACACAAGGCGCCACCUUAUUACACAUCGUUGCGAAAUAAGGUGAAAUCUUUACAAAAAUGAUUUGAAAUGAAUUGAAGGUUUAGUGGCAGCUUUUAGCCUAACGUAAGGAGCUAGUUUAUCGCACAUCUAUUUUGUAGUUGUCCUAUACAGUGUUGGUUCAGUGUUGCUUCACUUGUUAUGUAUGUCGAAUCAUUGGUUUGUAUGAUAAUGCUACUUGUUGUCACACUACACUCAUGUUUAUACAAAAGGAAAUGAUUGAAGGAUAACAGAGGAUAGAUAAAGUUGUCAGACAAUUCAAACAACAAGUAACGUUAUCUUGAAGGGUGAUUUGUUAGCAUACGAAAGUAUAUUAUGUGUCAGAUAGCACUAUCAUUAUAUUGGCUCCCAAAAUAUUUUGCUAUUGAUGCGAGUACCUACGUCUGUUAUGGUGUAUUAUUCUUGUUCAUGUUACUGUAAUCUUAAAAUACUGUAAUGUCAUAGAUUUAAACUUGACGAUUUACGAGAUGUAAUGCAAAUAUUAUUGAUUUGUAUUAAAAUUUAUCCCGAAACUUAUUGCUCGUUUUCGCCUCCUAAUAAAAUGUUAACAAUUAAACACUUA